AUGUUGGAAAAUAGUGGAUACUAUGUGGUUUAUUCAAGUCCAAGUGAUAAUAUAUUUCUUAUAUCAACCCUUUUAUCUGAUGCUCGAACGCUGAAUUUAUUAGAUGAAAUGGAAUCAGAGAUUGAUUGCAUGUUUUUUGAUUUCUAUAAUAAUUGAUUAUUUAUAUUUGGAGUGGGUUUUGAAAAAAAGUAUUUUCUUUAA